GUGACAGGCAGAGGGGAUUUGGAUGCCUCGCAGAGCCGUGGGUCUGGGGGGAGACACCCCUGAGCAGUCCCAGUGCCCGCAUCCCUCCGCAUCGGCCGGAGCGCAGGCGGGUGAGGAUGGGUGACCGGGAGGCUGAGCACACCGUGCCACAGACAGAGCUAGAGCAGAUCGCCAGCAAAAUUUCAGAUCUAAAUAAAUGGAGAGAGAUUUUUAGUUUCCAUGGUUUGGAAAUCAGUAAUACAACUCAUCAGCGAGGCCAGGGCAGCGCUGGCGAUGGAGCACCCGGAGCUGGAGAGCCCGCGGGGCCGCGGCCAUCUCACCCCCCCUGCGCCGUCCCCAGACCCCUCCUGGUCCCUCCAGACACGGGCGGCCAGCCCAUCUCCUUGGAAAUGGCAAUGAGCCUGCGAAAGCUGCUAUUUGGAAACGUGUUCCACGUCUUCACCUGUGAAUGGACAAAGGCAUACUUCAGGUUUCGCGAGCCAUACUCUGACCUGGCCUAUGCUUUGGAGGCAGGAAAGGGGGGAACAAGAACCAUUCUGAUGGCUGUACAAGCACACAUCAUCAAAUACCUGCUUUUCGUAAGAAACACAGAAUAUACUCACCUGGAAAGGCUGUGCGGGAUAAGCCGGCAGGAGCAAGGGGAGGCGCUGGCUGCGGCCCUGGCAGACACCCUGUGGGCAGCAGGAGGAGGUGGGAGAGCGGUGGUCUGCCUCGUCACCGCAGCUGUCCACGUUAUGCCAAGCCGAGACUACACAACCGACAACUUCACGGAAAGAAUCCAGCUGUUUGAGUUCUCUGAGAAAGCAGCAACUCUGGAGUUCAUCUUUGACCAUAUAAACUGUUUCAAAGGCGAAGGAAGUCAUGGAGUGAUCCUAUUUUUAUACAGUUUAAUUUUCUCUAGGACACUUGCAAGGGUCCAAGAAGAUUUAGACUGCGCAGCAACUCCUCUGUUAAAAUUCAGUUUUGGAAACAUCACCUGUACACAGGCCGUGCUCAGCCUCCUCCUAACGGGGCGAGCGAGCCCGCACCAGCUCGAUGGCGGCCAGGAGCCGGGUCCCAGCGGCGCGGGCGUCGAGGCACGGCAGCAGCGGGUCCCGGUGGGCUACCUGCGCUGGGGCAGGGCGCAGGCGGAGCGGCAGGUGUGCCCUCGGCUGCGGACGCCCCGGCUGCCCGUCUGGCUGUGCGGCAUCUCCGGCAGGCACAGCGUUCUCUUCGGCACAGACAGCCUGCUCCUCUCCGACUGGAAAAGGGAGAGGGUCUUCCACCUGUACUUCUACAACGGGCAGCAGGAGCAGACGACAACAGCCCAUCUAACGAUAGACACUCAUUCGCAUCACUGGGAAGAGGACCAAAGUGAAGACCCAAGCGGCCCAGAGAAGAGGCGUCCAUCCGUGGAGAUGGCAAUCAGGACCAAGUGGGCGGGCGCGACUGUCAGCUGGAACGGGACAGACCCCUUCUUCUGA